AUGGAUGUUGGUGUUAAAAGGCACAAUUUGUACAAAUUGGUUGAUAUUAACCACCGUCGUCGAUAUAAAAAAUAUGAACCUUUUUUUCUUGCAAUGCAAGCAACACAAGUGUGUUAUGUACUUUAUCCUAGCAAGAAAAAGGACAAGGAUGAUUGGGCAGCUGUACUGAAGGUCAAACCUCAAAAUGUUAUUGAAUUGCCUAAUGAAGAAGUGGCAACAAUUUCAGAAGUAAAUGUUCCAUUUCAAGUUAAAGAAGUUGAAGUCCACGAGAUAGAUAUGAUUGUUUCCAUUGAUGAAAACAUACUCUUAAAUGAUCCAAAUGGAGAUGUAAUUGAAAUGGAUGAACCCAUUGAUGAUGGAUUAUUGCAAGAGAAUCAUGAAAUCCACAUAGAAUCCACAGAAGAAGAGUAUGAAACUGAGGAAACUGAGGAGAAUGAGGAUGAGAAAGAGGAAGAGGAAGAGUUUGAAGAAGACAUUCAUGAUCCCUUUACUCCUGUUACUCUUGUUAUAGAUAACUUUGUUACUCUUGUUACUUUUGUAUUUUCAGGUAUGUCUCGAGGCAGAGGUCGUGAAAAAUCCCCAUGUAGGAGUAAUCCUGUUAUUCGUGUAAGCAUGCCAACUAUUUUCAAGCCUACUAUAGUUUAUCCUCAGCAAGGUGGUACCCCAACCAACAUUGAAAUGCUGGAACCUUCUCAAAUAUGCUCUAGUUUCAUAUCCAAGUCUUUCAAAAGUGAUGUUGAUCCCAAUGGAAUCAAUUGGAAAAGUGUCUCAACUGAUGUAAGAAAUGGUUAUUUUGGAGAAUUCAAGGCUAUUGAAAAAAGUCGAGAUCCAACACCAAUUGAGUUACAUUUGCACGUUCAUACACUUGGUCAUGAUGGAAAAUCAUUUGUUGGUAAGCGUUCUCGAAGUGUCCAUGUGCAAGCAUCUAUUACUCCAUUCGGGAAUCCAUCGAUGUUGACACCCAUAGUGCCUCCUACUACUAAUGUGGACGAGCUAAUAAAACACGAUAAUCGACUAUUGGACAGGAAUGGAAUUCAACAGAGGAGGAACUCAUGGCAAGAUGGAGUAUAUGGGACUAACUGUCCGAUCCCACCAGGCCAAAACUUCACAUAUGUUCUACAAGUUAAGGACCAGAUUGGAAGUUUCUUUUAUUUCCCUUCAUUGGCUAUGCACAAAGCUGCUGGAGGCUAUGGUGGCAUUAUAAUACGUAGUCGUCCGCUGAUUCCUAUUCCUUUUCCUCCACCUACUGGAGAUUACACCAUAUUGGUUGGUGACUGGUUCAAGCAAAAUCACACUGAUCUCAAGGCAAUUUUAGAUGGAGGAAAUGAUCUUCCCUUCCCUGAUGGCCUUCUAGUGAACGGUCGUGGAUCAAAUGGUUUAACUUUCACAGUUGAUCAAGGUAGGACUUACAGAUUCAGGAUUUCCAAUGUUGGCCUCACAACAGCUAUAAAUUUUAGAAUCCAGGGGCAUAAGAUGGUCUUAGUUGAAGUAGAAGGGACUCACACACUGCAGAACACCUAUGAGUCACUUGAUAUCCAUUUGGGUCAGUCCUAUUCUGUAUUGGUCACAAUGGACCAACCAGGACAGGACUAUUACAUUGUCGCCUCAACGCGUUUCACUUCACCAGUGCUAACAGCAACAUCAAUUCUUCACUACAGCAACUCAGCGGGAGGUGUUUCUGGUCCUCCCCCAGGUGGACCAACAAUUGAGAUUGAUUGGUCUCUCAAUCAGGCUCGAUCUGUUAGGCAAAAUUUGACAGCGAGUGGUCCAAGGCCUAAUCCACAAGGUUCUUAUCACUAUGGGUUGGUUAACACCACACGGACAAUUAGACUGGCAAAUUCUGCUCCAAUGAUUAAUGGUAAAAAGAGAUAUGCAGUCAACAGUGUGUCGUUCAUUCCAGCAGACACGCCACUCAAACUAGCAGACUAUUUCAAGAUUCCAGGGGUAUUCAACCUAGGCAGCAUUCAAGAUUACCCCACUGGAGGCGGUGGUUACCUCCAGACCUCUGUCAUGGCUGCUGAUUUCAGAGCCUACGUUGAAAUUGUGUUCGAGAAUCCAGAAGACACUGUCCAGUCAUGGCACAUUGAUGGCCAUAUCUUCUUUGUUGUUGGGAUGGAUGGCGGACAAUGGUCAGCUGCAAGCAGAUUAAACUACAACUUAAGAGAUGGAAUUUCGCGUUGUACAAUUCAGGUAUAUCCAAGAUCAUGGACAGCUUUAUACAUGCCAUUAGACAAUGUGGGAAUGUGGAACAUUAGAUCAGAGAAUUGGGCUCGGCAGUAUUUAGGCCAGCAAUUCUACCUUCGCGUUUAUUCACCUGUCAAUUCAUGGAGAGAUGAGUAUCCAAUUCCAAUAGGUGCUCUUCUCUGUGGCCGUGCAUCUGGACGCAAGACUCGCCCACUCUAAGGAACGAAUUCUAUCAGCUUAACCAGUCACGAAAGGGUGACUGAUCGAUCUUCGAAGAGUUAUGGCAAACAAUUUUAAAGGGGAAGUAGCAGAAAACUGCUCUUACUCUGAUCAGCACUUAUCUUUUUUGUUUAUCAUUUCAUUUUAGGAUUACUUGUGAGAUUAUUGGUUGCCGCAUGAGAAGAAAUGUAAUCUCUAUUCAUUUUGUAAAACUCAAUUCA